AUGCGAGACUGUCGCGAAUACUUAAAUCGAAAGGCGAAAGAAAGAUAUCGCAAAAUUAUUAAUCUAGCAUUCGCUACCCCACAGAUUUUAAUAUUUAACCAAAAAAAUACUGAGGAGGAAGAAGAAUUUUUCUCCUAUUCUUCCCUAGGUCUACAACAUUUUUUGGCGAUUUCGGCUCGCAAAAAUGCCGACUUGGAUAAAUUGAGCCAAAAAAUAAUUGCCCUUUUGCCGGACUCGGUUGAUGAAAAAACUGACCACCAAGAUAAAGAACUAAAAUUAUUAAUUUUUGGUCCGCCCAAUUCGGGCAAAUCCACCCUCAUGAAUUAUUUACUACAAGAAAACCGCUCCCUGGCUACUCCAAUUGCUGGCACUACCCAAGAGCCGGUGAUUAAAAAAAAAGAGCAAGAAGCCGCUAGUGAAAGACGAAAAAAAAUUUUGACAGAACCAAAAAAGGAGUUAGAAAAAGAAUUAAGAAAUCGCUUAAAAUCACUAAGUUAUGUGCCGAUAAUUUUUCUUUCGGCUUUACAGGGGACGGGAAUGAAAGCGCUGCUUAAAGUCCUUAAAGAAAUGCUGACCCAAGCCCAAAAAAAAGUUUCCAAAAAAGAAUUAGCGGAAAUAGUGGAAAAAAUG